GCAGGCGUAGACGGUGCGGCUGUUGUGGCUGAGUGAAGGGAGCGCGGUGAGGUCGGCGGUGUUUCCGUUGUCCUUGUGUGUCUUUGCGGCUUUCCCGCUCCGCAGCAGAUCAUGACACCAGAACAGAGUCCAACCACUUCCCUCAUCGACAGGACCAUCAAGAUGAGAAAAGAGACAGAAGCCCGGAAGGUGGUCUUGGCCUGGGGCCUCCUUAACGUCUCAUUUGCAGGCAUGAUAUAUACUGAAAUGACUGGAAAACUCAUAAGCACGUAUUACAACAUAACAUACUGGCCACUCUGGUAUAUCGAACUUGCAUUUGCAUCUCUGUUCAGCCUGAAUGCUUUGUUUGAUUUCUGGAGGUACUUCAAAUACACGGUGGCACCAACGAGUUUGGUUAUGAGUCCUGGACAGCAGACCCUGCUGGGGCUGCAGAAUACAGCGGUACAAACAACUCCACCACGUGAGCUGACAGCAAAGAAAGUCCCUUCUUCAACACCUUCUCCUCCGAUCCAGGGUCAAAGUGUGCUGAGUUACAGCCCAUCUCGCUCUCCUAGUGCCAGUCCAAAGUUUACCACCAGUUGUAUCCCAGGUUACAGCCCCCAGCUGCAGGCUCUGUCCAACAGCAGUGCUUCUUACAGCACUAGCAUCACUUAUUCACCAGGCAGCACCUACAAUAAGAUUUCCAACUUCAGCCCCUCUCCUGGUGGAUCUCCGUACCCCACCAGCAUUGGACCAGUGGAAAGUGGUGGGCUGAGGUCUCGUUACCGCUCUUCGCCCAUUCUCUACAAUUCUCCUACUGGCAAAGAGGAUUACAUGACAGACCUGAAGUCGUUGGACACCUUCCUUCGAAGUGAAGAGGAGAAGCAGCAUCGAGUUCAGUUGGGAAGUUCAGAUUCCAGCUCUCCUUCCAGCAGCCCAACCUUUUGGAACUACAGCCGUUCCAUGGGAGACUAUGCCCAGAUUCUGAGGAAGUUCCAGUAUCAGCUGGCUUGCAGGUCCCAGGCUCCAUCAGCACACAAAGAUGAAGCUGAUCUGAGUUCAAAGCAGGCUGCAGAGGAGGUUUGGGCACGAGUGACGAUGAAUCGACAGCUGCUUGAUCACAUGGACUCCUGGACUGCAAAGUUCAGAAAUUGGAUUAAUGAAACUAUUCUGGUGCCACUUGUUCAAGAGAUUGAGUCUGUGAGCACUCAACUGAGAAGAAUGGGGUGUCCAGAACUGCAGAUUGGAGAAGCCAGCAUCAGCAGCCUGAAGCAGGCAGCGCUCGUGAAAGCUCCUCUCAUUCCAACCCUGAAUGCUAUCGUGCAAUAUUUGGAUCUUACACCAAACCAGGAAUACUUGGUCGAAAGGAUCAAAGAGCUUUCACAGGGAGGCUGCAUGAGUUCCUUCCGAUGGAACCGAGGAGGAGAUUUCAAAGGCCGUAAGUGGGACACCGACCUGCCCACAGACUCUUCUAUCAUCAUGCACGUGUUCUGCACUUACCUGGACUCCAGACUCCCACCUCACCCCAAAUAUCCUGAUGGCAAAACCUUUACUUCCCAGCACUUCAUUCAAACACCUGACAAACCAGACACUUCGAAUGAAAACGUGUUUUGCAUCUACCAAAGCAGCAUCAACCCACCCCACUACGAGCUGAUCUACCAGCGCCACGUCUACAAUCUGCCCAAGGGCAGAAACAACAUGUUCCACACCUUGCUCAUGUUUCUGUAUAUCAUAAAGACAAAGGAAUCUGGGAUGCUGGGACGUGUAAACCUUGGCUUGUCGGGAGUCAACGUGCUGUGGAUUUUUGGAGAAUAACACCUCAUGUUCAAAAAGAUGAUGAGCUGGCUUCUGGCAAGACAAAGUGAGCAGUCAUUGCCUUGUUGACUUGAACACAGACUGUGAAACACAAUCCUUUAGCUCUGCUCUGUGAGCAGAGAAGUGUUUAUAAUUCCUGGACAGGUUUCACCAUCACAUUCUUUAAAACAUUUUGUUAUUGAAACACUCCAGGAUCUGAAUUCUGGGCAGAUUUUCUCUUUCCAUCUCUUCACCUCAGCAAACCCUGCUUAAAAAAGCCCUUUCCUGUUGGUGUUUUGUGUACCCUCCAGUGCCAUCACUACUGUGAAGAUGAACUGUGCCAGAUGGAAAGAGAAAACUGAUUUCAGUAUGUAAGAUCUUUUUAGGUUUUUGUUUUUCUUUUAAAAUAAGCAAGUUUGGGUGUCUUGCUAAGCUGUGAAACACCGUGGGCGCCUUGAGUACAACCCCAACAUCUCCCUUUGCCUUUGCUUUUUUGUUUUUUAUUAUUUUUUAUCUCAUUUUACUUCUCCCAUCAGCUUUUCUCCUGGUACCCCCUCAUUCUGGAGGCCGUGCAGCCUGGCUUUCAGCAUCUCUGGAUGAUACCAAACUCUGUGAACCCGGCCCCAUUUUGAGACAUGUUUGUUUCAGAGAUACAUUUGGUUCUUCAAAGAUACAUUUUGGCGUUUGCCAAAAAGAAAAAAAACACAACCAAAGCACCUUUUUAACACGGGUAGGAGGAGAGAUUUCAGUAAUGUACGUAGCUUAAUUUUGUUAAGCAGGGAUAAAAAUUCACUGCCCUGAGUUGCUGAAGCUUUUUGUGAGCUUAAGGCAGGGAGGUCGCUUUGUUCCUUUUGCAUCUCAGCUUCCACGGGGUCCUUUAUUUGCUACUGUCAACUGCCAGAAACCAUUUGCACAUCUAAAAUGGGAGAACUACGUGGGGCUGUGACUGGGACUGAGCAUUCCCUGUGUUCUGUUAUGUAUUUUUGUACUGUAUACAUCUAUCUUUUUCACUCAGUUUUGUCCUGCCAGCCCCAGGCAUGCACCAACACGAACUGAGGUCUCAUGAUUUGCUCAGGGCAGGUGCUGUCACCUCUCUGUAAAUGGAAGAACCAAUUGUUUUGUGACUCUGUUUUGAGGGAGGCACAGGUUAUUAUUUUUUCCUCUGAUGGCUGACAACAAAAUGGCUCAUUUGGUUCCUGCAUUAAAUGGGUUCAUCUCCGUCAA